GGAGAAUCAGUUGUGUUGUGUGCAAGUUGAAGAAAUCAAGUCGUGCAGUUAAAAUGAAUAUUAACUUGAAAAUCUUACCGAUUUUUUUGAUAUUUAUACAUUAUUGUUAUGCGUAUAACGUGGAAUGCUUAAACAAAAAGGCAGACGACAGUCAGUGUUCCAAGUAUUGUUAUGAGGUUGUUAAGCCGCUUUUGCAGUACGCAAAGGAAGCAAAUCAAAAAGCAAAAACAUUCGGUGAAUUAAUGGAUGAGAUAAAUGAGUUGAGAACAACUCAAGCCAAACUUGAGACAACAGUUGAUGGCCAAAUCGAACAACUGGAAGUAUAUAAAAAAAAAGAUGCUGAGCAAAGUCAAUUAGUGUCAAAAUAUAAAACUGAGCUUGAUAAUUUAAUUGCUCAGAAUACUAAGACUAGCCGAUUAUUAAGUGAAACGAAGAAAAAAAGUAUGCGAGAUCAACUUGAAUAUAAAAAUAAUAUGAAGAAAAGUAACGAAGUUGACUCAAAUAUUUCAAGUUGCUUGGUUAAGAAAACUGGAAUUCAACAAAUUAUAGUUCAUGAUAUUCGCAACUUCCCCGUGUCCUGUGAUUCCGAUUUGGUCGACUCUGGCUGGACAGUUAUUCAGAGACGUAAGGACGCAAGUGUAAGCUUCGAACGAGGUUGGAAUGACUAUCGUAGAGGAUUUGGCGAUUUGGAAGGCAGUUUCUUCAUAGGACUCGAAAAGCUGUAUCUUCUCACCAACGAACAGCCCCACGAACUCUAUAUACACCUGAAGAGUUUUGAGAACGAAACUCGAUUCGCCCGCUACGAUCACUUUCAAAUUGGCGAUGAAAGCGAGUCCUACAAACUCAAGUCACUUGGCAAAUAUUCUGGAAAUGCUGGGAAUGAUUCGUUGAUUUAUCACCUUGAUAUGAAGUUCUCUACCUUCGAUCAGGAUAAUGAUAAUUCGACUAUAAACUGUGCUGCUGAAUGGUUGUCGGGCUGGUGGUACAACAGCUGUGCUCAUAGUAAUCUUAACGGAGUUUAUAAAGACGAUAAGAUUAAUUAUUAUAAUGGAAUCAAAUGGAACUCCUGGGACACGGUGAAUCAUUUCACGUUUGUGCAGAUGAUGAUCAGACCGAUAAGCCCGUGAGAUAGGCAAAAUCUAAAUACUUAUGUUUUAGAAGCUUUGAAGGUGAGAUCUUUCAUCACAAUAUGUGAGAGGAAGAAGAAGUAAAUCGUUUCAACCUAAAAGUUUUCUAUUCAACAAAAACUUACUCUCUGUUUGAACUGCACCAGCAUUUGUUGGGAUGUCUUGUUUUAUUUCAAGCUUUUUACACACAACAAAUAAGUUAUGAUUCUGAUUGUCCAAUCCCA